GUUAAAUAGAGCAUGUUUGCAUUUCACCAUCUAAACAUGAGCUCCAACUCAAGUUGAUUUCCAUUCCUCUGGCGAGAUUUCAUUUUCACUGUCGACAUAUUUUUUUAUUGUGUCUCAUGGUUUCCGGGUUAUUUUUUAUUUAAGACAACACAUUAAAAAAAAAACAAAAUCAACAUGCAGUAGGUUAACUACUAACCUUAACUAAAGGUAAACAGAAGCGGUAAAACAAACAAAAAAACAAAAAAACAAAACAAACCCAAAGUGGAAGCUGUAGUUUACGAGUAACACUUAAAGACGACAUAGUGGUUUUAUUGUUGUCGACGCCAGAGGACUUUCUGUUCUCCGUUCUCAGCUCCUGCCCUGCUAAAGACUUUUCAUAUCACACUCUGCAACUUAUAAACUACUCCAUCACAUAGCCUCACCACCGAAACAAUAUAUUGCCAGUAUAUUUGGCUUUUUAUUGGUUUCAGAAACUCAAAAAAAACAUAAACUUCAAUCACUCUAUACUCCUUUCUUAUCCUCUGUAAUCAGUCGUAUUUGAAAAUAAAAGCAAACGUGCGUAAGGAAGUUUCGUGCACAUCUACUUUCAUUUUCCUUCGUGUCUACAGACACAGCACUGAUGUGUGUGUGUCCAAACCGUCAAUGCAUUUGUGUCUACCAAUUUAAAGAUUUUAACUGACUGUUUGAUCUUUUUUUUCCUUUUCUUUUUUUUUAAAUUAGCUACCUUAAUGUCUUGCAAACUGCCGAGAAGGUAAAGACUCCCUGAAAAACAUUGCUGUAAAUCUCCUAUCUUCAAUUUUCCCAGAUUAAAAUCAAGAAGUAAAAACAGAUUUCGGAUAAAUAAACUUUUACUUGACAGUAAUUAAAUUACAUUUAAACUAACUGAACUAAUUAAACUAAUUAAACGACUAUUGUUCUACGUUUACUUUAAAAUCGCCUAAAGGUUUCAUAUUAAUCUCAAGCAUUAAGAGAUGGACAUAGUUAGAGGAGGAGAUUUUUGUUUUUAUGCUUUAUGUGGUAACUUGACGUCAUCUCAUGGUGCUGCUGCCUCAGUUUUUUUUAUAUCAUAGACAAUUUUUAUACACAAUUAUCCCAAAGAACACAUAUUAAAACUGAAAACGAUGACAUAAAUCUGCUAUGUUUUUACUUUGAGGACUUUCCAGCUGAUUAGAAAAUGAAAUAGGUGUGUCCUUGGGCUCUGCUAUAAAUGAAGCGCUGGAGGUUUGCUCCAUCAGAACACCAGGAGACCUGAGAAUUUGCUUCACACUAAGGAAAUUUCUACAUUUUUCAAAAAUGAUCAGCAGGAUUUUCAUCGCUUGCCUGUUUCUCGGGAUGUACAGUACGGGCUCCUCGCUAAGUUGCAAAUGGAUUGUAAAACAUCCAGGAAACACAAAGAGUCAAUUCAGUCUGUACAACAAAAUAGCUUUAGAUUUCCUUGAUAUGAUGAUUACUAACACCACUAAGGAUGCUGAAAUUGAGCACAACGUAGCUUUCCCUAAUCGACUGUAUCGCCAGACGUCCAAAGCAACAGCUGAGGAUAAACUGGCUUUCACAGUUCAGAUUCUGAAGGAGCUGCUUGCCCUGUUUGAGGAGGAUCACAGCUCUGCAUCAUGGGAGGAGAACACAGUGGAGAACUUUCUCAAUAUAGUCGACAAACAGACUGAAGAGCUUCGCUCCUGUAUUGGAAGCCACAGCAAUACGACACAGAAGGGGCAACAGCUGUCUUUCAGGAGAGAAAAGUAUUUCAAGAGACUCUUAAAUAAAAUCCUAAAGAAAAAUGGUUACAGUGCUGAAGCCUGGGAGAAGAUCAGGAACAUAACACAAGCCCAUCUGAGACAAUGUGAAUUUCUUAUAUCUCUGAGAACUGCCCACUGAAAGUUGUCUGUCGGAUACAUUUUUUUAAAAAGUAUUUGUUAAUUUAUUGUUAAAUUAUAUCUUAGUUGGUUUAAUUUAUUUAUUGUAUUUAUGAUAUUUACACUAUUAUUUAUUUUUAAUAUUUGUGUAUUAUUCAUUUAUUUAUUUGUUUUGUAAAUUUUCAUUAAAAUAAACUAUUUCAUAUUAUUUUAUAUGUUACAUUGAAUAAUUAUUAUCUUAUUUCACUCAUCCCUGAUCCCGAGUGGACACUCCACCCUUUUCUGGCUGAGCACCAUGGCCUUAGAUUUGGAGGUGCUGAUUCUCAUUCCCACCUCUUCACAUUUGGCUGUGCACCAUUCCAGUGUGAGCUGGAAGUCAUCAGCCGAUGAAGCCAAUAGAACCACAUCAUAUACGAAAUGCAGAGCUGAGAUUCAGAGAAUACCUAAGUAAAAACCUUCCGCCACUUGGCUACACCUAGAAAUUCUCUAAAUAAAAACUAUGAACAGAAUCCGUGACAAGGGCAGCCCUGGUGGAAUCCAUCACCCACCGAAAACCAGUCCAACUUAUUGCCGGCUAUGUGGACCAAGCUCCUGAAAUGGUUGUAUGAGAAUCGAAUGGCCCAUAGCAAUGAGCCAAACAGCCCAUACUCCUGAAGCACCUUCCACAGGACACUCUGAGGGACAUGGUCGAGUGCCUUCUCCAGAUCCGCCAAGCCAAUGUAGACUGGUUGGGCAAACUCCCAUGCAUCCUCAAGUAUCCUCGAGAGGAUAAAGAGCUGGUCCAGUGUUCCAUAACCAGGGUGAAAACUGCAUUGUCCAAGGUUUGACUAAUUGCCACCUCAGAGGUACCACCCCUGAUCUCCAGGCAUGUCAAGCAAAACAGCCCUACAACAUCCAGAGCCUUCAGGAACUUAGGGCGAACCUCAUCCACCCAGGGGCCCUGCCACCAAGGAGUUGUUUAACUGGCUCAGUCACGUCAUCCCCAGAGAUAGAUGAGUGGCUCCCUUCAUCUCUGACUCUGCCAGUGGGAUUAAGGAGGUCCUCGAAGUAAUCCUUCCACCACCCAAAAAUGUUGUCAGUUGAAGUUAGCAGUGCUCCACCUGCAGUGCAGGUAGAGCAUCGCUUUUCUCUCCUGAGUUGCCUGAUGGUUUGGUUCAAGGUUCAAGGUAACUUUAUUUAUACCCAUAGGCAAGGUAAAUUUGCUUUACAGAAAAAUGAUAGCAUUUGGCAUCCCUUCAAAAACACACAUACAUAAUAAAAAUAUAAACCUCACUGUAGCACAUAUAUAGUAAUUUAACGUUUCGAAUCAAAAACAAAAACAGUUCUUAUUUAAUUCAGUGACAGCAACAGGGACAAAGCUGUUUUAAAACGCUUUGUCCUGUAUCUUGGAAAUAGAAACCUCCGCCCUGACCAAACCAUGCGACCAAACAAAAGGAUAAAACAGACUCAAUAAAAGAACGAUAAAACAAAGUUAACAUUUUUUGGUCAAUAUGGAAAUGAGCAAGUUUCCUAAGGCAAUAAAGGUGCUGGUGACCCUUUUUACAAACUGAUUUGCAAUUCUGAUCAAAGUUCAGUUUUUCAUUGAUUAUGGUCCCAAGAUAUUUAUAUGAUUGCACUUGCUCUAUUUUCUGACCUUUAAUUAAAGUGACUCUGUGCCCAUUUUGUUGUUUCCUAAAAUCAAUAACCAUAUCUUUUGUUUUUGAUAUGUUCAACUGGAGAUAAGACUCCUCACACCACUGAACAAAGUCAUCAAUGACUGGACCGUGGUUAGUUUCACCCUCUUUCAGUAAGCUGCCAAUAACAGAGUCAUCUGCAUAUUUAAUGAUGGCCCUGUUUUCAUAUCUGCUCUGACACAUGUUUGUAUAGAGAAUGAAUAAUAAGGGCGAUAAGACACACCCUUGAGGAGAAUCUGUGGAGGAGAACACUGGGUCAGACAGAACCCCAUUUAUUCUCACUCUUUGUGACCUGUCAGUUAAAAAAUCUAAAAUCCAGCCCACCAGGUUUUUCUUGAUUUCAAACUGUUCUAAAAGUCUUUUAAUUAAAAUAUGGGGCUGUAUUGUAUUAAAAGCCGAAGAAAAAUCAAUGAAAAGAAGUCUUGCAAAAGUCCCUUUACUCUCUACAUGUUUAAGAAUCAGAUUUAGUAAAGUCAAAAGUGUGUCCUCCACUCCUCUAUUGCUGCAUUGGAUCCAGCUGAUGUUCAAUCUCUUUCAUAAUCACAUUUCUGAUGAUUUUUUCAAAGACUUUCAUUACAACUGAAGUGAGGGCAACAGGCCUGAAGUCGUUUAGAAUUUUUGAACGACUAGAUUUAGGGACAGGAACUACAACUGCUUCUUUCCAAAGAGAGGGCACAUGUUGUGUUUGCAAGGAUUUAUUAAAAAUAACCUGAAAUAUAGGACUGAGUUCUUCAGCACAAGAUUUAAUUAGGCGGCCACUAAUAUUAUCAGGACCCUGGCUAUUGUUCACAUUAACUGUAUGAAAGGCCUUUUUGACAUAGCUGAGUUCAAUGAUAAAGUGCUGAGUAUCUCUCAGUUUCUGUUUCAGUUCCAAAAUAUCCUUGCUAAAAUCAGAAGAACUAAAACAAGCAUAAAACAUAUUUAAAGCGUUUGCAAAAUCGCUGUCUGAAUUAAAACCAUCUAAAAUGAUCUGACUACUGCUCUGAGGAUUUUGAAACCCUGCUAUGGUUUUCAUACAAGUCCAGGCAGACCCAAAAUUUUAUUGCAGCAAAUUUGCUUUCAAGAAGGUUUUUGUAGCUCUGUUUUGCUUUCAAGAUCUCGAUUUUCAGGUCCUUGGUGGCUGUCUGAAAAUCAGUAACAGCCCCCUCUUUUUCCUUAAACAGGAUUUGACGCUUUUGGUGACCCGUGGCUUAUUGUUAGCGUACACACGCGCUUACGGGGUAUAAUCAUGUCUUUACAAAAUACUGCAUAAGAGCUAGUAACAUCCACCAAAGCGUCAAGAUCAUCUCCACAAUACUGAAUAAAAACUUCCCAAUCUUAAAACAUUCCUGCAAGGUAAGCACAGAUUCUUCUGACCAUACGUCAACAUCCUUAGUCUUUGUCUUCUAUCGUUUUAAGACAGUUUUAUAGAUGGGCAGAAGAUGCACACAGUUAUGGUCAGCAAAUCCCAGAGGAGGAAGCGGGAGGGAUUUAUAAGCAUUCUUCACCGAUCCGUACCAAAGGUCCAACAUUUUAUCCCGUCUGGUAGGACAGGAUACAUAUUGAUACAAAUUGCCCAAAGUUGAUUUCAAUUCAAUUCAAUUCAAUUCAAUUUUAUUUAUAUAGCGCCAAAUCACAACAAAAGUCGCCUCAAGGCGCUUUAUAUUGUACAGUAGAUAGCACAAUAAUAAAU